GUCACAACACGCACCCAGAGCGCCGCCGCCGUGGCCUCCGAGGCGUCUGCCUCUGGGAGUUGAAGUCCCUUUAGGGAGCGAAGUGGAGGGGAAGCGAGACUCGUCGCGAAGCGAUCUGCGGGUCGGAGGCGGCUUCCGCCUCGCUCGGCAUUGACGAAAGAUCGCCUUCCAAUUGUACAAAGACUCCAACUAAUAAACAUGUCGACCGACGUGCUCUCAGCACCUCCCGAGUCAGAUUGCGCGAAAGCAAAGCCGGACCCAAGUGAGGAUCGUCUGAAGCCAAGUUCUGACCGAGGCAAAGCCCCUGAGCCCAUGUCCAAGCGGCAGAUGAAGAAGCUAAUGAGGCAGAAACAGUGGGAAGAUCAAAGAGAACUCCGCAAGCAAAAACGUAAGGAAAGACGCCAGAGAAGAAGACUGGAACGGCAAUCUCACCUGGAGCCAAACUCGGAGGGCCAUGACAGGAAACGUUUUCGGAGCGAAGCUGUUCCCAGUCCACUCCGUCUUGUUGUUGACUGCAGUUUUGACAGCUUGAUGGUCUCCAAGGAUAUUAAGAAGCUUCAUAAACAGAUUCAGAGGUGUUAUGCAGAAAACCGUCGAGCAUCACAUCCUGUGCAGUAUUAUUUGACCAGCCACGGAGGUCAGCUGAAAAAGGUCAUGGAUGAAAAUGACAAAGGAUGGGUCAACUGGAAGGAUAUCCAUAUCAAACCAGAGCACUAUAGUGAACUUAUGAAGAAAGAGGACCUGGUGUACCUUACAUCAGAUUCACCUAAUAUACUGAAGGAACUGGAUGAGUCCAAGGCCUAUGUGAUUGGAGGCCUGGUGGAUCACAAUCAUCAUAAGGGUAUCACAUAUAAACAAGCAUCAGAGCAUGGAAUUCAUCAUGCACAGCUUCCCCUUGGGGAUUUUGUGAAAAUGAAUAGUCGAAAAGUUUUAGCUGUUAAUCAUGUUUUUGAGAUCAUAUUGGAGUAUCUCGAGACAAGAGACUGGCAGGAGGCAUUUUUCAGCAUCCUUCCUCAGCGGAAAGGUGCUGUCCCCGCAGACAAAGUCUGCGAAGGCUCUUCACAUGAACACGCCAAUGCCGGCGCCAAGGACGGGGGGGAGAGUGACUCAAGCACGGAGGAAAGCACCGAAAAUGUGCCAGACCCAACCCAAGAAGGAGAGGCCCAGGACAGAGCGACCAGCACGUAGCCCUCAGCGGCAGCAGGUGGAAAGAGGAAGUCUCUGAGGUGCCCCCGACUUCCCACAUCGAGAGGAGACCUGCAUUUCUGUCACACUCUUUGUUUCUAAAUGGAAGAGGCCUUUGAAGACCAGCUGAAAGACAACUGUCUUUUAGUUUAUCCUCAACAGUUCAGAAAAUGAGUGCCUGAGGAAUUAAUGCUUAAUGAUUGAUCAUUAUACAAACAGAUGGAGCGUGGGGCCUGGAGUUAGGAAGACCUCAGGUUUGCCUCCUGCCUCAGACUCUUACUAACUCUGUGACCCUGGGCAAGUCCUCUGACCUCUGUCUGCUUCAGUUUCCUCAUCUGUAAAAUGGCUACAGCAAUGGCGCCUAUCUCAGGGGGUCAUUGUGAGCAUGAAACAAGAUAAUAAAUUUGUAAAGUGCUUUGUCAACCUUAAA